AUGGUGGCCGAGCGUGAGAGCGGGAAGCAUGGCCUGGAGGACGGCGGUGGCCUGGGUGGCGCUCGGCCGCUGUUGUGGGGCUGCGCGCUGGCGCUGCAGGGCAGGAUGCUGUACCCCCGGGAGACCCCGUCGCGGGAGCGCAAGGAGCUGGACGGCCUCUGGAGCUUCCGCGCUGACUUCUCCCACAACCGACGCCGGGGCUUCGAAGAGCAGUGGUACCGGCGGCCGCUGCGGGAGUCAGGCCCCACCCUGGACAUGCCGGUUCUCUCCAGCUUCAACGACAUCAGCCAGGACUGGCGUCUGUGGGAUUUUGUCGGCUGGGUGUGGUAUGAACGGGAGGUGAUCCUGCCGGAGCGAUGGACCCAGGACCUGAGCACAAGAGUGGUGCUGAGGAUUGGCAGUGCCCACGCCUAUGCCAUCGUGUGGGUGAAUGGGGUCGACACGCUAGAGCAUGAGGGGGGCUACCUCCCCUUUGAGGCCGACAUCAGUAACCUGGUCCAGGUGGGGCCCCUGUCCUCCCAGCUCCGCAUCACUAUCGCCAUCAACAACACACUCACCCCCACCACCCUGCCACCAGGGACCAUCCAAUACAAGAACGACACCUCCAACUAUCCCAAGGGUUACUUUGUCCAGAACAUAUACUUUGACUUCUUCAACUACGCGGGACUGCAGCGGUCUGUGCUUCUGUACCCGACACCCACCGCCUACAUUGAUGACAUCACCGUCACCACCAGCGUGGAGCACGACAGUGGGCUGGUGAAUUACCAGAUCUCUGUCAAGGGCAGUAACCUGUUUGAGUUGGAAGUGCGUCUUCUGGAUGCAGAAAACAAACUCGUGGCGAACGGGACAGGAACCCAGGGCCAACUGAAGGUGCCGGGUGCCAGGCUCUGGUGGCCAUACCUGAUGCACGAACGCCCCGCCUAUCUGUACUCGUUGGAGGUGCGACUGACUGCACAGACAUCACUGGGGCCUGUGUCUGACUUCUACACACUCCCUGUGGGGAUCCGCACUGUGAAUGUCACCAAAAGCCAGUUCCUCAUCAAUGGGAAACCUUUCUAUUUCCACGGCGUCAACAAGCAUGAGGAUGCGGACAUCCGAGGGAAGGGCUUCGACUGGCCGCUGCUGGUGAAGGACUUCAACCUGCUUCGCUGGCUUGGUGCCAACGCCUUCCGCACCAGCCACUACCCCUACGCUGAGGAAGUGCUGCAGAUGUGUGACCGCUAUGGGAUUGUGGUCAUCGAUGAGUGUCCUGGCGUGGGCCUGGAGCUGCCGUGGCAGUUCUUCAACAACGUGUCCCUGCAGAACCACAUGCGGGUGAUGGAGGAAGUGAAACUGUGUCUUCUGCCUUUUGUGGACAGGAUGGCGAUCGCUCACACCAAAGCUUUGGACCCCUCCCGGCCUGUGACCUUUGUGACCAGAUCCAACUAUGCAGCAGACAAGGGGGCUCCGUAUGUGGACGUGAUCUGUGUGAACAGCUACUACUCUUGGUAUAAUGACUUCGGGCACCUGGAGUUGAUUCAGCGGCAGCUUGCCACCCAGUUUGAGAACUGGUAUAAGACGUAUCAGAAGCCCAUUAUUCAGAGCGAGUAUGGAGCGGAAGCGAUUGUUGGGUUUCACCAGGACCCGCCUCUGAUGUUCACUGAAGAGUACCAGAAGAGUCUGCUAGAGCAGUACCAUGUGGUUCUGGAUCAAAAACGCAGAAAGUACGUGGUUGGAGAGCUCAUCUGGAAUUUUGCCGAUUUCAUGACUGAACAGUCACCGACGAGAGUGCUGGGUAAUAAAAAGGGGGUCUUCACUCGGCAGAGACAACCAAAAAGUGCAGCGUUCCUUUUGCGAGAGAGAUACUGGAAGAUUGCCAAUGAAACCAGGUAUCCCUACUCAAUAGCCAAGUCACAGUGUUUGGAAAACAGCCCGUUUACUUGAGCAAGACUGACACCACCUGUGUGUCCCUUCCUCCCCAAGUCAGGGUGACCUAUAGCAGCAGAACAAGUGCCUCUUGGACUGUUCAUGGCAGACCAGAACAUUUCUGGCCUGGGUUUUAUGGUCAUCUGUGCUAGCAGGGAACACAAGGUGGAAAUAAAAGAUUUUCUAGUAUGGAAAUAAAGAGUUGGCAUGAAAGUGGCUACUGAAAA